AUGAACUGCACAACAGAGUUGGAUCGAGCCAAGAUGACGGACCUCAAGAUAGAUUUGGCAGACGGUUGUGACGCUGUUCUGGACUUAUUGGGACAGCAGCUAGACAAUGGAAACUGCAAUCGCAUUGUUCGUGUUGAUAUUGGAUACUUUCACUCGCGUCGUCAUGGCCCCGCAGCCCUCAACAACGCAAGACACGACCGCUUUUCUCGUCUCUCCAACGACGAGCUCAACCUGGUUUUUCAAGGUGUCGUCUGCUGCCUGCCAAAAAUGAAGACCCUUGUUGUCAUGUCCUAUUUUCGUGCAGAUGCCAUGUCGCUGCCCGUGUCUGCCCUAGAAAUGCUGUUUCGACGAGCCACUUGUCUGGAAAUCCUCUUUUUGCACCAGAUCAAACUCCAAGGUAGCCCCAAUGACUUUCGGAUUAUGGCAAGAAGCUUAGACCGUCACCCUGCCCUUAAGCGAGUCAAUCUCCACUGUUGUGGUGCUUCCAGAGACGAUGUCGACUUCCAACAGGGACAAGACGUGGCUGCAGCUCAGCAAAACAACAGCACCAGCCUGGAUCCGCUCGUUUGCGGUCUUGCUAAGCUGCCAACGAUGUACUACCUGUCAUUGGACCAAGUUCCAAUAUCGGAACAAUCAAUUCGGGCCUUGUCGCAAUCUCCUAGUUUGAGAGAUAUUUCCUUCUACAACAUGCCACAAAUCAAGACGGCUCUUCCGAUCCUGUUCCGAACGCUGCAAGUUCACAGCCAUAGUAGCAACGGUGACAAUCAAUGUCGAAGCUUAUCUCGCUGCACUCUACGUGGUCUACGUAUCCGGUCUUGUGAUUUGGAACAAGAAGAAGCCAUUUUGAUUACCAAAAUGUUGGAGAACAACUCUUCCCUGGAGAGUGUUGUAUUCUAUGUUGAUUCGUGGGAUGAUUAUGGGGAAUCCUUGGCAGCGGCUCUGGCACAUAAUACGUCCCUCAAACGACUCGAAGUGGGCAUUGGAAAGAAUCAAGAAAGCGAAAACAGGACGCAUGUUGCUACUCGAGAAGCAGCCGGCGCCAGUGGUGCCAACAACAACAACCACAACAACAAUAGAGAUGCCACUCACAACCCCAACAAUAGCAACCUCAAUGACACUACGAACAGCACGGACGAGUCUAUCAAGACAGACCUAGAGAAAGAAGUCAAGGCUGGUGUCAAACACAGGGAAGCUGCAAAUAGACUUGCCAAAGCUCUCGAGAAGAACCGCAACACCGUGUUGCGUCACUUUUGUUUGAAUCUGUUCCAUGCCGACUCCAACCUAAUUUACGAUGCUUUCAUGUCCUCGUUUGGAACGAUGCUGGAAUCUAACUACGUUCUGGAGAACUUUUUGUUGCAAGGUUCCAACAGCUUUUCGGUGAUGAGUCCCAAGGUUGGCUUUCUCCUGCGACUGAACCAACGAUCUGGUCUAGACCGUCGCAAGUUGUUUCAGGAUGUGGUGCGGCAUGAUGCCAACAAGGCCGACACUCGUCAGUUGUGGGUCGAUACCUUGGAAAAGCACGUGGAGGAUGUGAGUAUUGUCUACUAUCUGCUUCAAAGGAAUCCCAACCUCGUUGGAAGUGCCGUGGCAGCAUUGGGGACGGCGUACGGUUAG